AUGGCUCAAAAUUCUCCAGCAAACCGUAAAUUAUCCAAUCCCAGUCCAAGCCGAAACCAGCUUGUGGAACGUUGCUCCUCAAUCCGAGGAUGCGAGCCUUGCAAACGUCGAAAGCGAAUUUGCAAUGGUCAAAAGCCCUGCACACAUUGUACUGACGCUUCUCAAGACUGCGUGUACAGUGUUGUUUCAGAUCAUCCCCGCAGCGUAUUUACAACAAGUACAGCACGUCGUUUAAGUUCAGGAUCAGCUUGUGAAACAUGUAGACGACGUAAAACAAAGUGUGAUGGUUGCAGUCCUUGUAAUUUCUGUGCAAGCAGUGGCAUUGAAUGUAUUAAUAAUUCUGAGCGUAGAAAAAGAUCCGUCAUUGCCUCCACCAUGUCUUCCUUAUCAACCUCUUCUUUACCUACAUUGCCAAACACAUCCACAACAACUACAACAAAUACAACUGCAACUACUUCCGAAAAUGAUAAUGAAGCUAUUGAUCGUAUUGAAGAUAGGCUGAGAAGGAUUGAAAAGUUAAUGACCGCUUUCACUCCUAGUCCUUUAUCGCAACAGACUCCGUUUACAAAGGAAAUUAAAGAUAUUAAGCGUGUCACGGCUGGCUUUCGAAAAAUGUCUUCGCCUCAUCUCCAAAAACCCACGCUGGCCUCUCCUCGUCAGCACCGUCAUUCCAUACAAGGUCCCACCAUAUCUUCUGCAAAAGACAAAGACACUCCUUAUGCUUCUCCACCAAAUAGUAACGGUAGCUUAAAAAGCUUCCAUGAAACAUUCACAAACUACCAACAACAACAGCAACAACAGCAGCAACAACAACAACAGCAACAGCAACAACAGCAACAACAACAGCAACAACAACAAAAUAUAUCAUCUCCUUCUCCACCAUUAUCGCCACGCAUCUUGCGACAAAGUUCUUCUACCAACGUGGUAGCCUCUUCCAUGUUGAACCUUUCAUUAUCACCUUCCUCUUCCACCUCUUCGGCCUCGACGGUCUAUCACUCUUAUAUGCAACCUUCCGUUUCCACGCCUACCUCACCUCUUGCCAACACUUCUUCCACAGACACUACAUUACCACUACAAAACGAAUGGAAACAGUCCACUCCCAUACCAAGUCUUAUGGAUCAAUUAUCUAAAUGUACCUUUGUGACAACUGCUAUGGAUUACACAACGGUUCAUUACCCCAUCUAUCCAAUCUCUAACAAGGAAUCACCAUAA